CAGUUGGACCCAUUUUCUUUUGGGGGUUGGAACUGCUGGUGCCUUCGUCACGGUCUCGGUCCCUUCUUUUCCAGCUGCAUUCUGCCAUCAGCAGCACGUCUUGGGACUGAUCACCCUUCAAUUGCCCACGCGCACUCGCGCGCUCUUCUUUGCUUCGUUGGGGGUUCUUUUUUUUUUUUUUAAUUAACCUCAUCCGUCUAGAUAAUCUCCCUCCCGCCAUCAACAUCGAAUUGCUUGCUCGCCAUCGACGCUCCAGCUCGACAUCUCGAUCGAUCCCGAUGUGCUUAUGACGAGCUACUUACCAACUCUACACGUCGGGCUUGAAUAGUUUGCGAGAUGGAGAAGAAGAGGAAGCUUCCAGCACGCGCUGCCGCCCGGGUUGAGCAGGCUGCCAAACGGAGGCAUACCGAUUCGACACCAAAGUCCGUCUCCAAAUCUGCGACGCCGACACCUGCCCCGGCUCCACAACCAGAACCCGCCCCGGUUGAAGAGGUUCCAACGCCGUUACCGAAAUCGAUCAGUGCUGGCAAGCCCCUGCCAAUUGUUGACUCGCCACAACCAAACGAUCUCUCAAAUAAGGAUUAUCAGUCGGUGACAGAAAGUGGUGUCCUUUCCGAGUCUCUCGCACGAUCACGGCAGCAAUGGAUGUCGGAAGCCAUAUUCCCAAAGUAUUGGUCCAAACCGGUCAAGAAGAAGGGACAAAUCAUUGAGGAACCGAACAACCCGCCAAAGGACAGCAUGGUGAAGCUGGGAAAUGUGACCAUUAUCGUGGAGCCGCACAGUUUCGAGGCAACCAUGUAUGCUGUCAAGGACCCGAAACCGCCUCCGCCUCCACCGAUUACCCAGCGACCAGUUCUGCAAUAUGGUCCCCCGAAUGGGGUCAUGCCCCCACCGGCUACCCCAAAAGUGACACAAUCUGCCGAGCCGCCGUCUCCUGCUCCAGCGCCAGCGACUCAACCUCCAAGUCAAGCUCAGACACAGACGAAAGCACCAAGUCAGGCGCGACCGCAAACCCAGACACCGACCCAGACUCCCACUCUUCCGGCGACGCAGCCAGCUGGGGCAAAUUUGCAAGGACCGGGUCAGCCGCCAACUCCCAAUCAACCGCCGGCUCCAGAAGUAUCGCGCAUGACGCCCACCAUACCUGCAGCUCUGCCUAGACCAGUUGCCUCUCCACGAGGCAUGGAAUCAGUCCUGUCUCCAGGAACAGUCACCCCGCAACCACCAGCGAGGCCACAUAUUACGGCACCGUUUGGCACCCAGCCGCCACGACUUCCACCUUCGCCCAAUCCCACCAUGGUGGCGGGCGCAGGCGCUGCGGCUUUCCCUGCCGGGCAAAGCCCCGCGCUGGCUAAACCUCCGAUGAAUGGUGCUCCGGCAGCCCCAGGGACACCUGCGCAAGGAAAACCGGCGCCGGGAACAGAUCCGAUCAUCUUGAUGCUGGCCUCUAGAGCAGGGACUGAUGCCGAGCUGCGAGAUCUAAUGAAGCGUGUCGCCAAUGGCGAAGCUGCCAAACAAGAGCUUGCCCGAUUCCAGGCCAUCAUUGAUGCCAUCACAGCGGAGAAUAAGCGCAGCGGUAGCACCGCUGGGCCUUCAGCUGAAAGGCUACUGGUAGACGGCCGUACAGUGAAGUACUUUGCGGAUGAAGUCAAGGCCAUCCUGGAUAUUGUCUUGACCUCUAAUGCCAAGCAAACAUCUGCAGAUUUGAGAGCGCCAAAUGGGUGCGAUCCGCUCAUUGUGGCCUUGGUCAAAAAGGCCCUGGAUGACAUUAAGACGAGGGAAAUGGUCCGACGUGUAUCGGAAAACAAGACCCAGUUCUCAGACGCUACUGACCUGAAGCUGAUAAUUGAUCAGCUGCGGACGGCGUUGAAGGAGAAGGAAGCCCACCCCCCGAAGACGCCAGCGUCGGCAACGACACCUACAGUAGCCAAGCACACCAACGGAGUGAAUGGCAGUGGCAACAAUUCGGCCUCCUCUACACCAGUCCCACAAACGGCGCCUCAGCCACAGCAAGCCCUUCGAUCCAAAGGACCACCCCCGCCUCCCAAGCCAGAUUAUUCGGCUGUCCUUUUUGAGUUUGCUGGUGGCAAUGGUGAUCGAUACAUGUUUCCGAAAUUUAGCAUUCUGGAACAGAUGCCAAUGUCUCCCGGAGCGGGUCAGCAAGUUGUGGCGUCUUUCCUGGUAGUCCGCCGGGGCAGCAAGUCAGAGUAUCCGCAGGCGGACCCCGACCAAGAUUAUUACGAGCCCCUCACCGUGAGGCUCUUUGCCCCCAGCGGCCGCCACCUCGAGAAUCUCUUUCGAGUUGUGGCUCCUCAGGAAGAGGUUCGGCGCUAUAUGGAGGGGAUAAUGGAGACGAUGACGAGGUCAGAGUAUGUUCUGCUGGCCAUGCGGCUGCCGAGGCGCGACGGCACAGAGACAGAAGAUACCGAGAUGGGCGGAAUAACCAACGGGGCCGCCAAGAACAAGGAAGCCGAGAUGGAAGAAAGGGAAAAGAAGCCGGCACACCAAACCCCGUCUGCCCCGCAGGUUUUGUGGGCCACCAACCCGCCCAAGAUCGAGAUGACUGAGCUGAGUUCACGGUCUAGGGGUAGCGGCAAGCACCCCAAGGUGGAAAUGCAGGAGCUGGCCUCACGGUCGAGGGGGUUGGUGUAUAAUGGUGUGGAGGCAGCCGACGAAGAUGCGCAGUACCAAAGCUUUAUUGCGACGGUGGCUGGCAAGGCGAGCAGGGAGUAGGCUGGUGGUUGGUUGGUGCUAGGUGGAAAAUAUUUGUAUCAACUCUUCAUCUUUGUGGAACUAUGCUCUUGCUUUCUUUCUUUCUUUUUUUUUUCGGGACAACAGCGCGUUGCGGAUGGUGGGGAUACCUGGGCAAAACGGAAGAAUAUGUGUUGCCCGCGCGUGGAAAUUCUUGCCUUUGUUUUUAUUACUAUUUUUUAUUCUCAGUAUCCUCAUUUUUGGUGAAGGGGUUGGGUGCUGGGCUGCUACUAAGUUUCAAGAUCUCUCUCUCUUUGUGUGUUGCGCGACAAGAGACUUGAGGUAUUCAUGGGUUGGAGUUUUGGGACUUUGACGUGGGGCUGAACUUUUUCUUUGGUUACGAAUAAACUACUGCUGUGUGUAUUUGCCCCUAUUUAACAUGAAAGAUUCUAUAGAGAUGGGUGAAAGGGUUGUGUUAUUGUGGUGUGUUACAUGAUCGACUUGUUGUAUAUUCUGCUCAUCAACGACUUAGAACCAAACACCUCUAUCCCUUACGACGAAACCAUCAUCGCUCUCACAAGAUACUAACAGCACGAAGGACUUGCUGCGUCUCGUCCAGGUUUUGGUUCACGCUCUCCCAGGCAUCGCUCCCCAGGACCAACCUGACGGGUACUUUUUCGCCCUUUUGGAUCUUGUUGAUGACUGAGACCAUGAUUUUUGCCAUUUUGGACGGGGACCCGGGCAUGUAAGCUGGCGGAUCACGGGUGAACAUGGUUAUCAGGGAGGUUAUUCCUUGGGCGUAGGGUGUUUCUUGUGGUGGUGGUGGUGAUAAGAGGGAGGAGGGGGGGGGGGGGGAGGGGGAUGAUUGGCGCGGUUGGCCAAGGUUGGUGACUGUGCCACCGCAUUCGAAGGCCAGGACGGAGAUGUGGAAGGGGAGGAGUUCCUUCGCGAGGGAGGUGAUUGUGGUGGAGAGGGCGGAUUUGGAGGCGGAGUAGUGGGACAUGAAGGGGAGGGGGGUGUAGGUUGAUGAGGAGGAGGUGAAGGCUAUUGUUACGCCCUUACGGUUGUUCCGGAAGAGAGGUAGAAAUGCUUGGGUGAGGCGCAUGGGGCCGAAGAGGUUGACAGUGUAGAUUUGGGAGAUGUAUUCUUCGCUGAUGUCUGGGGUUAGCGGGGGGUUGGGAAACGGGAAAGGGGGUAAAAGGGAACGUACGAGGCCUCUUCAAAGGGUUUUAUGGCUGACAUGCCUGCGUUGUUGAAUAGGACGUCGAUGCCGCCUGGGAAGAGGUCCCAGGCUUGGGCGGCGAUGGAUUGGAGGUGGGGGAGGGGGGAGGCGAUGUCUAGCUCUAACAACUUGAGGCUGUCGGGGUGGGAGGUGACGAGGUCGGAGGGGAAACGGGAGACGAUGUUUCUCCCCGUGGCGAUGACGUUUUGAGAUUGGGAGAGGAGGUGUUGGACUAGGGCGAGGCCGAUGCCGGAGGUGGUGCCGGUUAUGAGGUAGGUCUUGGGGGAGGACAUUUUGUGUUGGUGUCGGUAGGGUUGCGUUGGAGUGGUUAUGUGGUAGUUGUUAUUGGAACUUGUACUCGUGAUGAUGAUGAUUUACAAGAUGAGAUGAAGGAGACAACGGCAUUUUUAUACACGAACGCUCCAUCGUACAAUCACUCAAUACUCAGGGGACUCUCGGGCUCACGAAUGUCUCAGUAUCUCCGAGUACAACCCCCAUCUCACAGGUUCGUCAGACACAAUGCAGCGGAAUGUCGUCCGGCCGGAGCGGAUACACCCCGGAGGCUGCGGAGGUGUGGGUCCAUGCGGACGGCAGCGGGUGGGGCAUUUGCGGGCGGUGCGGCCGAUGCGGACGGGUGGGUCCCCGACUAACCACCAGACUAGCCAAAUGUGCUGCUCAAUGCGGUCAACUUUUCCGCAUCUGCGCUUUCGCCGCGCUAAGAUGCAGCAGAUAAGAGGAAUUACGAAUGUCUUGAAAGGGACGGUCAUAUCGGCAGAGAGAUGUUGGUUGAACGUGUCACACCUCAUACGGUGCUCGGUCUCGGGAAUUAGGGGGUGGUCCUCGUCCAUGGCAAUGUGUCUUGGUGGUGUCCAGAAACUGUUUUCAAUUUUAUGGGGGAACGAGAUAAACUAGGGGGUAUGAAUGAACCCAAUCGCUAAAAGGAACAACGGUAAAGACAAAAGAACCGCAUCACGACCAGUCCGAACCCCAUCCAAGCUGACGGUUGACAUGCGCAAUGGCCGUGACACCUCGUCUCACAAAGCUCGGAGCAUUGACCGCGUCCAUAACGUCAGCCACAACAUCUGGCCCAUCAGUGUGAGACGCAACAAGAUCAUUGUGGUCCAGACACGUCUGCCUCUUCCCCAAAACAGCACGGCUGAUGGCCCUCGCCCAGGUGUUGUAGAUAUGAUCCUCCGACAUGCUGACAUAGGCCAGUCUGCCAUUUUCCUGCGGCCUGGAAAAGUCCCAAUCGGCCGUCACAACCUCAAAGGUCUUGGUGAAGAAGUAUAAGAAUGGCCAGGAGAAGAUCCACAGGAAGGUGAGAUAGAAGAUCCAGCGGAUCCAGCUCGUGUGGCGCCACCUGUUGAUCCAGCAGUCGUUGUAGAUGAAUACAUAUUCGUCCUUGACCGGGAAGGUGAUGCAGACGCUGCCGCGGUAGUUGGUGC